UGAGCUCAUCUCCAAUCUCGCAGACACGCCCAAGUCCCGCCCUGUGUUCCGCCACUACUUCUCAGUAAUUUGUUCCGAUUGAGCCUGAACCCCCCUAUAAUUUUUCUCGCGUGUAUACACACCGUGAUUCUUGUCCCCACAGAAAACAAACACCACUGAGCUGUGAAACCGUGGUUUUUGGUAUUUGAUCUUGCGCUAAGGCGCCGUUCAUGCGCUCGAACCGCCGACAUGGUAUCGCGAAAGCGCACCCGUUCCGAGGUGGACACUGCUCCGGAGCAGCCACCUGAAGAGCCUGGUUUGCUGCACCGACUGCGAAAUUCCUGGGAGUUUGCAAACCUCAUGCAGUAUAUUGCCAUGUUUGGAAAACCUAUGAAGAUUGAUGAGGAUUUUGGAAUUGAAGAUCUGGAGAACGAAUGCCUAAAACCUGGUUCUUCCGAAAAGCUUCUGGAAAUUGGACUCUGCUUGCUUAAAUGGGUUUCGUCGCAUCGGGGUCUCACGUUCGAUAACUUCGAUGAAUACACGCGACGCCAGUACAAUGCUAAAGCGCCUCAUCUCCCUAACCCGUUCGGCUAUGAUGAGGUUCCGAACAGGUUCUCCGAUUUUGACAUAUUCUUGAAGCUUCGUGUCCUUCACCAGCUGACCGUAUGGACAUUUUGGAAUCCGGAUCGCAUCCGCGAUAAGAUGCCAGAGCAAAAGGAGGCGGACCAAACACAAUGGCGCAUUGAGGAAUUAGGGUAUGAUCGCGAAGGGCGCUACUAUUAUAUUCUGGACGAUAACCGGCUUUACCGUCGCACUGAUCCUCCGAUUCCCCUUCCCCCUCCGAAGGCUGCCAAGUCGAAGACAAAAAGAAAAAGCGCCCGCGCUGUGAGAGCGUCGAAACGAAGAAAGGUCUCGGAAGCGGCUGCGGCUGAGGAGUCCUCGGAUGGGGGCCAUGAGGAUAUCAAUGGAGAUGUUCCGGAAGAUCCUUUCAAGAGAAUGAAGUGGGAAUGCAUUGCCAUCACACUAGAAGACUAUCGGCAGUUUCUGGACUCAAUUCGGAAAUCGAAGGACCCGGACGAGAAGAUCUUGAGGGACCGCGUUGAGGAGCAAGUGCUGCCUGUGAUUGAGAAAGAAGAGGAGGCGCAGGAGCGACAGAAGGCCAAGCGUGAAAAGGAGCUCAUGAACUUGCAGCUGCUGGCUGGUGCCAAACGGUCAAGCCGAAUUGCCGGAAAGGCUGAAAAAGAGCGACAAGAGCGGGAAGCUGCCGAAGCAGCACAAAAGCGCGAGGAAGAGCUAGCGGCGGCUCUCAAAGAAGAAGAGAGAAUAAAGAAGAUGGAAUCAGACAGACGGACGCGCAUCAUGACUCGUGAACAACGUAUCAAGGAGCGGGAACGCAAGCGCAUCCUACACGAAAGUGAGCUAGAGCGGAUAGCAGAGGAGCAAAAGAAACUCGAACGGGGUGAAAGCAGAAUCUCCGAAAGACAGUUGAAAUCUGAACUGGAAAAGCAGAGGAAGAAUCUGGAGGAUCUUUCCCAGGAAGAUGAAUGGGUCUUCGAUUGUUCGGGAUGCGGUACGCAUGGAGAAAACCUGGAUGAUGGCUCACAUAGCGUUGCAUGCGAGAAGUGCAAUGUGUGGCAGCACAGCAAGUGUCUUGGGAUUCGGCAGCAGGAAGCCGAGCGAGAAGAUUUCCAUUUCGUCUGCAAAGAUUGUACGCGGCGAGAAAAGGAGGCAAUGAUGCCAAAGAUCCCGCCAUUGAAGUUCCGGGUUGGUUCUUCACCGUCUUCUGAUCAGGAGAGCAAGGACGUCCAGGCCACAGCCACUUCUGUGCCAUUUACACUGCCGCUGAACGGGUUACCAUCUAAACCUGUAACGCAACAAUCACUGCCUCCUCGCAAUGCACCUCAGCCUAUUCCUAUGUCACCCGAGCGCCGGCCACAGUCUGCCCAUGCCGCGUCUUUCGGCAGUCCUCGAGCUCUCUUCUCUCCAUCUAAGGGUGCCAAUGGUUAUUCACCCUCUAGGGAAGCACCCCUGAAGUUACCAUCAAUCCAACAAGCAAUGCACCUACCACCCAAUGGUCGUGUCUCCUUUAACGGCGGCUCUUUCCAUUCAUUCCACUCGCAACGGCCGUCAUCCUCCCACGCCACUCAAAGUCCAACUCUUCCCUCGCCUAUCCAGAACCGUCCCUCGAUGUCUCCUACUCAGGGCAAUCGCGACGUUGGUCCCCUUGCUGGGUUCCCCCCUGUGCCAUCAUCAGACAACGCAGCCCCAUGGACGCCUUACCGGCCACACCAGGCUCCGCGCCGGGACAGUGGACACUAUGCUUCCUUCUCUUCGAUCCAUGGAGGGCACCCGUCCCUUGCAGCUACACCCAAUGCUAGCCAGUCGUCGCCCCCGCAAAGUUCGCAUUGCGGUGUUGCGCUAUCAGGCAUCAGUCCAACUAAGCAAUCACCUCGCCCUGUUACUUCUGGGGGUGUAGCGGGUGCACCAGUUUUACCUCCCAUCCAGAGACUUGAGCCGAGUCCCAAGUUGAUGGGGCGAAGUUCUCCCGAUGCGCCCAUUCCACCACCAGUAAAGUGUAUGACACCAGAGCAAGAAGAGCGCAGACAGCGUGAAAAUGCUAUGAUGCUUCAUGCCCAGUCUCACGCUCCCAACAGGCAACAUUCGGCGAUGUCGUCUCCGUCCCUAAACCGCAUCCCGCCUCUAGGGCCAUCUGCACUGUCACAAAGACCUGAAUCAUCGUUUCAAUCCUCGCCCGGCCCGAAGACGGAGGAGUAAUAGAGCAUUGGAUUUAGCCGUUAUGUGUAGACGCUCCUCUACCUUCGCAAUAACUUGUUAACUCUCGAAUUGACCUAAUUGCUGAGGUAUAUUGACCAUUUUUGGAUUCCUAAAUCUAACAC